GUUGUAAAGUCUUGGAGGAUUGUAAGUCAUGAACCAAAGAUGACAAAACAAAAUAUUUGGUUCCAAAUUAUCCGCUUUUGUAUUGUUGUCGGGGGCGUUUUUUCGCCGUCGGCCUGUGGUGAAAAUAUUGGUACAUUCUGGCAGGUGACAGAUUUUCAUUAUGAUUCCAAUUAUAGUGUGGGUGGCAACCCUGAGGACAUGUGUCACUCUAACGGGCAGACUGGAGCACAGUUUGCCCUGGGCACAUAUGGAAACUACUUAUGUGAUGCUCCCUGGAAGCUUGUUGAAGCAGCAGUGGAAGGGAUGAAAAAACUGCAGCCAAAUCCAGAUUUCAUUUUAUGGACUGGUGACAGCAUCCCUCAUAUCAAUACCUCUGAGUAUGACCUGCAGAAAAACUUUGUCACCAUUGGGAAUAUCACCGAUCUCCUUUUGGCUACAUUCCCCAACGUAUCGUUUUUCCCAGUCUUGGGUAACCAUGACCCUUACCCUCAGGAUCAGAUGCCCUUUGCCUCAUGGAUAACUGAUGGUGGAAGUUACUACACAGAUAUUCUCCAGCUGUCUGGGUGGGGUAAAAUGAUCGACCCCAAUGCACAGAAGGUCUUCCCAGCUGGUGGAUAUUACAGCACGCUGUAUGGCCCUAACCUGAGGAUGAUCUGUCUCAACACCAAUCUGUACUACCAAUUUAACCUGUUGACCAAGGAUGUACCAGAUCCAGGCUUUCAGCUGGCAUGGUUAGAUAAUCAGCUUGCCUUAGCUAAGGGCAAACAGGAGAAGGUGUACAUCAUCGCCCAUAUUGCACCAGGCGCAUUUGAAUUGACCUCUGGGAAGUAUUUCUUCUAUCCGAACUUCAACAAACGUUAUCUGAAUAUCAUUGAGCGGUACAGCGACAUCAUCCAGGGCCAGUUCUAUGGACACGAGCACACAGACAGCUUCCGUGUUCUUUUCGGGGAUCAAGAGAAGCCAAUCAGUCAGAUGUUCCUGUCCCCCGCAGUUACACCCUGGAAGAAAACAAACAACCCUUCAAUCAGACGGUACCACUAUGACAGGGACACUGGCCAUGUCCUCGAUGUUUUCCAGUAUUUCCUGAACUUGUCUGAAGCCAAUGCUGACAACAUGGCUCACUGGAAGCUUGAGUAUCAAAUGACAAAAGAGUUUGGCAUACCUGAUGUGAGCCCCAUGUCCUUAGCUGAGUUAGCCAGUAGCUUCUGGCAGCAUGGUGAGAACUUCCUAAAGUAUCUGUGGUAUAAUCGUGUUAGCGUUGAUCCCUCUCCAGCCUGCAACAAGACUUGUCAAAUUGCCCAGCUAUGCGCCAUAUCUAAGCUACACUUAGAAGACUACAAUCAGUGUAUUGGUAACGUAGGACCCUCGCCUACCCACCCGACAACUAGUGUCACUGUAACCUCUACUACAGAUCAUCGUCACCAUGGAAAGCGUCCCGCACCCCGUUACAUGUUCUACGUCAUUGGAGGCCUAACCGGCCUAGUGCUAUUGUUGUUUGUUGUUGUUGCUAUCUUGUGCAUAGGCAGAAGGAAUCACAUGUCACCCAUGCGAUACUCGAGACUUCCGAGCUUCACACCAUCGAUCAACUAACGUUCUUGAUACGUAUGGUCCAAAUGUGUAAACAAGGUCAAGCUUGGAAAUAGGGGCCUUACCAUGUUUUAAUACACCCCUUUGGAGAAAGUGGUAGGACCCAUAUAUUGUCCAAGUAUAGGUAAAUAAACUUGGUUGAGUAUUAUAUAACAUGUUUUGCCAAAGGGGUGUUUUCACAAAUGUCUGUCAGGCACCUGUUUCUAUCCUUGAUCCUUUUUCUUGUGUUUUUCACAAAAUUAAUUGACAAAGGUUUUCGAAAGAUUUUAUCUAUGUACAUUUAAAACACAGCUUUAAUCAUGUUAUGUAUACAGGCAAGUGAUUCUAUGGUUAUAUGAUGUACAGUUCAAAAUAUCAUAGUUAAUGUCACCCUUUGUACCCUUUUAUUCCUUUAAGGCAGGGAUACACUAGUCCAAUUUUUUCGCUUGUAUAGGUGUAUUUCAUAAAUUUAUACACCUUUUUCAGGUGAAAAAAUACACCCGCAAUUCCACCCUGUUCGUAUAGUGUGUCCACUCCAAUAAAUUUUGCCACCAAGAUGACCGAGCUGACCAAUCAAAGAGCACUGAAUUAUGUUUAUGUCACAUGAUUUAGUGCUGUUUUAGAAUAGCUGGUCAGCAGCAAACUGUGGGUUUAAUCUGGCAGUUAAACUUAACAUGAGAUAACAUGAAAUUUUACCCAUAAAUGCGGGUGGUUUUAAUCACUUACGUUUUUAUUUCAUUGUAGUUAAGGCAGAUAAAUUACAAACUAAUUUACAUGUAGUUCACUCACUUUUCAAUUUGAUUAAAUCCUAGAAUUCAGAAAAUAAACUAAUUAAUACAUGUAUUGCCUUCAAAGGCAUGCGGGGCCUCUGUGGUUCAGUUGGUUAGCACGCUAGUGCAGCGUAAUGACCCAUGAGUCUCUCACCAAUGCGGUCGUGGGUUUCCCCCGGGCUGUGGCCGGUUUCCACCCACCAUUAUGAUGGCCGCCGUCGUGUAAGUGAAACAUUCUUGAGUACGGCAUAAAACACCAAUCAAAUAAAUAAAUAAAUCAAAGACAUGCUGUAUAAAUACUCAGUAAAAAGUGUAGGGGAGGCUCCAGGUUGCAUACAAACAUAUAUUUGUACACUGCAGCUGUAGUUCUGCAAAUGCUGCAAUAUCAUUUUGUUAUGAAAUGAAAGUACUUUUAGUGUCUUUUGUCAACUCCAGUGUUCAUCCAAAUCACCAUUGUUGUCAGCUACAAAAUAUCUCAUCACACGUGCACAAGCAACUUGAGAUAUGCAGACAAAACAAUAACACGUGAAAUGCAAAUAAAACCAAACGUUAUGCAUUUUUGUCCAUGCUAAUAAGGCAAAUGUGCCUGCAUUGAAAGGUAGCCUGCAUGUACGAGGUGACUGCAGACAAGCCAGCGGACUUGCUGACAUCUGUGUAGCACCUGGAUUGGUACUAAACCUCAUUGAAUAUUGACAUACAAUGUACGCUAGUGUAGUCGGCCAUGGAGUUGUAAACUCAGCUCUUUCUACAAUGUAUAUAAACCACAUGGUGAAACUGAUGGUGUCUAGAGUGCUGGGUUGGUCUCUAGAACAUGUAUUUUAUUUGUACAAAAUUUAAUAUGUACUAAAGAGUAGUUAUGACAUUGUAAUAGUUGUGUACUCAGUCCUGAACAUGUUACAUAAUUAAUUUUAUGAAUGGAAAUCCACCCUUUUUUAUGGUUUAUUUUGUAGUUUAUAAUAAAUUUUGUGAAUAACUGAUAAGUACACCUCUGCACAUUUCUUAAAGCAUACAUGUAUGUUGAGCAGAACAAAAAUUCUGUUGUGGUUUAACUUCAAAACCAAAUUACAUGUACUGGAAUUUGAAAAUUGUAUCUAUCAGAAGUUAACCUUUUUGUAUCCAAAAGGUGACCUUGGUGCAUUUUAGAAAGCACUUGUUUUGCAAUAACUGGACAUUUUGAUGCCAGUUUAUGUAUGGUAUAUACAUGGGAAUACACUAGAUGAAGUGCUGUCUUCAGUGUAUGGAUGAAAUAUGAAUGUAUGUGGAUGACGUAUGAAUUCGAUACAAAUGAACAGAUGAGAUAUGGAUGAGACAUCGGUGUAUGGAUGAAAUAUGGAUGAGACCUGGCUGUAUGGAUGAAAUAUGGGUGAGACCUGGCUGUAUGGAUGAAAUAUGGUUGAGACCUGGCUGUAUGGAUGAGACCUGGCUGUAUGGAUGUAAUAUGGAUGAGACGUGGGUGUAUGGAUGAGACGUGGGUGUAUGGAUGAGACCUGGCUGUAUGGAUGUAAUAUGGAUGAGACGUGGGUGUAUGGAUGAGACGUGGGUGUAUGGAUGAAAUGUGGAUGUAAUAUCAAAUAAAUAAUGAAAUAGAUAUAUUAAGCUCCAGGUAUAUUAAAGAAUGAAGCUGUAUUAAUAUAUCUCUGACCGUACAGGUCUGCCAGCAACCUGCUGUGCCUGGUUUCCUCCCGCCGUCGUAUAGGUGAAAUAUUCUUGAGUAUGACGUAAAACACCAGUCAAAAAAAUAUACAAGUGUAUUAAUAUAUGGAUGGGUGUAAUGUGUACCUCUAAUCCAUCUCAGUGUCUUACAUGUAUCAACUCCUUGUUUUGUGCAACAUCAUUGUUUGAAAUGUAACCAUUGAUUAAAGGUAAAAUUUUGUCAUUUUUAAAUCUACAUGUAGAUAUAUCGUACUAUGAUCGUGUUAAACUGUGUUAUCAUUAAUGUACAGGGUGCUGUGGAUACAUCGUUUUAGAUAUCUUUUGAGUUGUGAAACUAUGUGUACAUGUAAUUGUGUGGAAAUUUAUAAUCGGGCAAUGUAAAUGGUAUAAAAUCUGUGUCAAACACGUUUGUAUUACCAGCAUCAAGACUGGAGCUAUAUAUAGAUGCUAUAUGUGCCUGGUUGAAAUCAUAAGAAAUUUAUAAAAUAAAGUCCACAUUAUUCUGUAAUGUAUUGUUGGAAAUACCUGCUAACAGUCACACCCAUGAGGGCCCGUGAAUAUAAACCACAUAUAAAGCAUUCCUGGACUAAAGUUUUAGAUUUGGAAGAUGCCAAGAGCUACAGUACUUAUUAUGACAUGCCUUUCACGUAAAGCGAGGGGUAUUAAUUUGUUGCUGGGCGUUUGUCCGUUCACCCAUCAUGCUUAGGUAUCCGUCCAGCAACUCUUCAACACAUCAUCCGAAAAGCAGCUU